UAGAAGGAAAGAAUGUGGGACAGAGGGAGUUGGCCUGCCUGGGUCUGAGGAUGUGGGAGACAAGCUGGUGGGGGACAUGGGGCCUUCGUGCCCAUACAGCAUCCGGCAGUGAAGAGGUUAUUCCCAGCCCGGAUGGGGAUAAAUUGAGGGCGCAGGACCUCUCCGUCCUCAGGACCUGCUCGUCACAAUGGCCAUAGGAAGAGUCCUGCUCGGCUCUCUGCUGCUCCUAUCCCUGCAGCUGGGCCUCGGCGGGAACCCGAGUCCUCCAGGGGCUCCAGUGGUGGAGGGAACACCCUCGUCCGAGCCAGCCACAGACACAGGGACCUGGAAGGCACAGCUGGGUGCCCGCCUGCGCCGAGCCCCGGCUGGCCCAUGCCAGCUGCGGAGCUUGGCCCUGCCAGUGGUGGAGCUGGGCCUGGGCUAUGCUUCGGAGGAGACGAUCAUCUUCCGCUACUGCGCUGGCAGUUGUCCCCGAGGUGCCCGCACCCAGCACAGCCUGACGCUGGCCUGGCUGCGGAGCCAGGGCCGAGCACAUGGAAGCCCCUGCUGCCAGCCCACCCGCUAUGCUGACGUGGCCUUCCUGGAUGAUCACCACCACUGGCAGUGGCUGCCCCAGCUCUCAGCGGCUGCCUGCGGCUGCAGUGGCUGAGGGUGCCCAGACGGGGCCCUGCAGGCACUCCAGAGGUCUGAUGACUUAUUUAUUGGAGACCUGGAUGCCCAGAUGAUGAGAAGAUGGGGUGGGCUGGAGAUGCCAGCAAGGGACACAAUAAAGGAAAUUGAUCCUGG